AUGAAGCUCUUAUUACUUUUAUUUUACUGCAUAGCAUUCAUUGCUGGCGAUGCCGAUGAUAUCCUCGAUCAGUUACAUAAUGAGCUUUCCUUGACUAAAACAACUAACGACGAUCGUAUCAUGAAUUUUCUCUGCCAAACACUAGCAUCGCCAGGUUUUCUCACGGCCAGUGCGGAUGAUGAUUUUCUAAGCACAAUACUCGAAGAAAUCGGUUUUGGAGCGUUAGGUGUGAUUCGUAACUCUUGGGCAGCAAGAUAUCAAGCGCAGCCAACCAAGUCCUCAUCAUGUUUUUCUACUCUACAUGCAGUAGGAACAUCGGAUAAAUUAAGAAUGGCCUUGGCACAUUCUAGAAAGAUUUUACGAGCAUGUUGUUUACCUAACAAUGAUUUAAAAACAAUCGUAUUUGAAAAAGUCACUAUUUGUUUCGCUCUUGAAUAUUUUCUUUUUUACACAUUUGUCAAGAGUAAAAACAAGUUUGAGAAUUACAUUAUAAGUAUAUUAGGUCUUUUACAUUCAGUACAAGUGAUCAAUAUCAAUAGCAAUGGCACAAAUGCGUCAACCAGUGAUAUGACAGAAUGCUUAUGUGCUUGGUGCUGCGGAUGUUGCUUUAUGCAAGACUUGGGUAAAAAAAUCAAUGAAGAUGCUUUAUGCGGAUGCUGUAUUCCAAGUCGACUCGCUGUCUAUCGUAUGAAAGUCCGAACUACCCUUAAAAUUCAAGGAACUGCCAUGGAUGACUGUUGUAAAGCUACUUGGUGCGGUCUUUGCACUGCCGUUCAAAUGAAACUUGAACUCAAAGAUCGUAAUUUAGCUUAA